AUGCCCUUGGCCCCGCUCGCAUGCUUAACUAAGCGUGGCGGUGAUAAAAUUUCUUGUUCUCGUUGUUCUCAAAUAUCAUUAUUUGUUCGUGCGAAAAAGCAACAAACAGACAUAUGUCUAUAUAGAAGCAUUUCAAUGAUACGAGAAUUGUCGCCAGAAUUGGCAAAAAUAGCCAAGGAUGAGUUAAAUGAAAAUCCUAAGCAAAUUAAAGCUGAUUUGCAAAAUCUGAAAGAAUGGAUAUCGAAGCAACCUCACUUGAAAGCGAGAACUGAUGAUCAAUGGCUUGUUGCUGUGCUUAGAGGAUGUAAAUUUAGCUUAGAACGUGUGAAGGAAAAAUUAGAAUUGUUCUACACCCUGCGCUCUAUAGCUCCCGAGGUCACGUUGCGACUCAAUCCGACUGAGCCGGAUUAUUUUGAGUUUUUGAGACUAGGGACAUGUAUGAUUUUGCCACAGUCAAAAGAUUCACUUCACCCAUGUGUCAUCCUUUUAAGACCAGGGGAGUACGAUCCUACAAAGCACAGUGUAGCAGAUAUUAUGUGUAUUUUAUAUUAUUUAGUUCAGAUUUUAGUCAUUGAAAAUGAUGUAGCCACGGUGAUGGGAACGAAAAUCAUAGUGGAUUAUCAAACCGUCACACUAAAUCAUUUAACACAAGCCAAUCCAAGCAUGCUCAAGAAAUUGGUAGCCGUUAGUCAAGACUCAUUACCUCUGCGUUUAAAAGGCAGUCAUCAUGUGAAUUUACCAUCUGGAAUUGAAAUAAUUUUCAAGCUCAUUUCAGGAUUUUUGGGUGAAAAAGCUAAAGAAAGGCUUAAAAUACACAAAUCUAAUGAAGAAUUGCUAAAGUUUAUACCAAAAGAUGUCAUUCCCGUAGAAUAUGGUGGUGAUGGAAAUUCAAUUGCAGAAAUAAUAGAGUACUGGAUCAGUAAAAUGAAAAAAUAUAAGCCAUGGCUAGAACAAGAAAUGCAAUUCGGGACUGAUGAGACCAAACGAAUAAAAAAGACUGUUCUAGACUUCACAGAUCAGGGCUCCUUCCGUAAAAUAGAUAUUGAU